CUUUGUCCAUAGUGCAAGCUGAAGCAGUAGGUGUGGAAUUUGGACCGAGUAAGCUUGUUAAACCAGAGUCAUUUCUCCCAUUCCAGCAUUUGAAUAGGGUUGGAGCUGGGUGAGAAUUAUUAUUCAUGUAAAAAGGAAUAAUGUUGCUUAUGUGAAGUGUGGCAAAAACGCACUGUCAAAACGCACUGUCAAGUGAAACGAAUAAGGAUUUGAUUGUUUCAGCAAGAUUUGUUGUCACCAGCGAUUGGCACGUGGCUGAGAUACAGCGGAGGGCACGGCGGCGCAGCGUGACUAAGAUGGAGCUCCUCUCUCUCCUUGCUGGGGCUGUGGUGACGGUGGCUUGCAUUCUGCUGGCCUCUUGGAUAUUCUGGCCGCAGCUGUGGCUGGGUGCUUGGCGCUCCCUGCGUCUCCUGCGCGAUGCGAUGUACAGGCACCGCCACUUGUCCCGCAAGCCCAUCUUCUCCGUUCUGGACCGGCUGCUCGAGCGAGCGUCCGCCACUCCGCACAAGCUCUUCCUCACCUUCGAGGACGACAGCUGGACGUACGGGGAGUUCGUGCGCGACGUGGCUCGCACCGCGCACGCCUUUCAGGAGUUUGGGGGCGUGCGCCCGGGCGACACCGUGGCUCUGCUGAUGGAGAACGAGCCGGCGUUCUUGUUCGUGCUGUUCGCAUGCACAUCCCUCGCGUGCCCCGCCAUCCUCAUGAACACGAAUCUGCGCGGUCGCAUGCUCUUGCACUGCCUGACCACGAGCAAAGCGCAAUUCCUGGUCACUGGUUCUGGGCCACUAUUGGUGGCGGUGGAGGAAAUGUCAGUGGAGAUGAAUGAGCUUCAAAUCCGUCCUCUGGCCAUGGGCGACGCAACCCCCGGGUCAGCUGUGCCAUCACUCGCCUCCACUUUCCGUGAGGCCCCCUGCAACCUCCCAGCAGCCAGCGUGCGUGCGCACAUCACUGCGAAGGACGCCUUCAUAUACAUCUACACGUCCGGCACCACUGGACUCCCAAAGGCUGUGAAGGUCAGCCACACACGUGCAUGGUCCGGAAACUUCAACUACUUAAUGUCCGGCGUAAGAGCAGAGGAUGUGGUGUACAUCUUCCUGCCACUCUACCACAGCUCGGCUAUCAUGGCUGCGUUCAUCGGCUCCCUCGACAUCGGUGCGCGCUUGGUUCUACGGAGGAAGUUCUCCGCGAGCCACUUUUGGGGAGACUGCCGCCGGCACGGCGUCACCGUAUUUCAGUACGUCGGCGAGAUCUGCCGCUACCUCCUCAGCCAGCCCAAGAACGAGCUGGACCGCGUGCACUCGGUACGCAUGGCCGUGGGGAACGGAAUGCGAGCAGACGUGUGGGCGCGUUUUCUUGAGCGGCACGGGGACGUGAGAUUCUGCGAGCUCUACGGCGCCACCGAGGGCAACGUGGGCUUUGUCAACGUGGAUGGAAAGCUCGGGGCCUGCGGCCGGGACCUGCCCUUCCUGCGUCUCCUCAUAAAGUAUGUUCUUGUUAAGUAUGACCAUGAAAAGGAUGGACCAGUGCGUGAUGACAAGGGCUUCUGCAUCCCCUUACCCAGAGGACAGCCAGGUCUCCUGGUGGCCCCGAUCUCGAAGCACAUGCCAUUCGAUGGUUACUUGGGGAACGCCGAGUUCACGCAGAGGAAGAUUCUGCACAACGUUUGCAUGCAUGGGGACCGCUACUUCAACUCGGGAGACAUCAUGCGCAUCGACGAAGAAGGCUUCAUCUACUUCAUCGACAGGGUUGGGGAUACUUUCAGGUGGAAAGGUGAGAACGUCUCGACCAUGGAGGUGGCAGACACUCUGAGUGACCUGGACUUCAUCAAGGAAGUCACAGUGUAUGGUGUCACCAUCCCAAAUAACGAGGGCCGGGCCGGCAUGGCAGCUGUGAUCCUCGAGGAGGGCCACUCGCUCGACGGCCCGGAGCUGUACCGCCACGUUGUAGGACACUUGCCAACCUACGCCCGCCCUUACUUCAUCCGCUUGCAGGAAGCAUUGGAGUUGACGAGCACAUUCAAGCAGAUCAAGACGCACCUCUUGCAGGAGGGCUUCAACCCGGCGCUCACCCCUGCGCCCUUGUUUUACCUGGACAAUGCAGCGUGCAGCUACACGCCGCUAACUCAACAAAUCUACGAGGGCAUCGUCAGCGGCAAAGUGAAGCUCUGAGUGACGAGCGUGAGGGUUUUGAGCCAAAUCAUUCCUCAGAGGGAUCAGAAUCAGAAUCUGUAUUCAUCCUGGAGGAAUCCGAUGUGCUAUGAAGCUCUUUUUUCACAGAUGUCCAGUUGGGUCAGGUUAGUCAGAAAGUUAGGUGGAACCAUGGUGCUGAAGUUAUGCCUAUUUUUUACAAUAAGAGGCGGAUAUCUGACACCAGUUGGGAUUUGUAUUAAUCCAGCCCAAUUCCUGAGCCACCGAGCCAACUCAGUUUUUUUAGUCUUUUGUGUCAUACAAAAGCAGAGUUAUGAGCGAACACCUACACAUAAUAUGUCAAAUAUUUAUACUGCCAUUUGCUGGCAACACGUGAUGAUCUUCACGCAGUCUGCAUGUGCCAAUGGUGGUCAGCGUGCUAUGCUAUGAUCUCGGCGACCCGAAUUCAAUUCCUGGUCACGGCCAACGUUUGUGGCGGGCGGUAUUCUCCACCAUUCUCUAACCUGCACUGCCCAUAAUGCUGAAUUAUGGUCAAACAACCCCUGUCACCAAUAUUGAAUUGGGAGGUUUUCAUUCAGCAGAUGCUCGUUAAAUGGCUGUAACUUACAAUUGAGCAAUCUCAUAGUGCUGUUGGUGAUUACGGUCAUGGCGCUUAGGGAUAUUCGAGAUAUUUUGUGCAAUGCCACCUCAGCAGUUGCCUUUAUGUGCAAACGGAAUUCAAAUUGUAUGGCUUGAAUCCACUUCUCCCAAAACUAAGUGGUGAGAGGGGUACCGCGGUGUAGAAAUGUUAUCUCCCUUGCUGGGUAUGCAAGCGGUCGUGGGUUUGAUCCCAACCCUGACGCCUGCUGUAUAUUUGGAGUUUGCGUGUCUCUCUCCCUGUGGUUUCCCCUCAACUUUAAAAACAUUUGUUUCGUUUAUUUAUCUGCUAUAAAUUGUCACAUGAUAAGCACUUCGUUGCGCUAUUAUUUGUGACCAGGUUGCUUCUGAAAAAGAGCUAAUAGCCAGAGGUGGGACAAAGUCAUUGUUAUGCAAGUCCAAGUCGAGUCUGAAGUCAUCAAAUUUAUGACUCGAGUCUGACUCGAGUCCAAGUCACAUGACUCGAGUCCACACCUCAGAGGUGGGACAAAGUCAUUGUUAUGCAAGUCCAAGUCGAGUCUGAAGUCAUCAAAUUUAUGACUCGAGUCUGACUCGAGUCCAAGUCACAUGACUCGAGUCCACAUCUCAGAGGUGGGACAAAGUCAUUGUUAUGCAAGUCCAAGUCGAGUCUGAAGUCAUCAAAUUCAUGACUCGAGUCUGACUCGAGUCCAAGUCACAUGACUCGAGUCCACACCUCUGCUAAUAGCUGAUCGGGCUUGACCUGAUAAAUAAAAGUUUAUAGCUUUACAUAUUAUAACUGUUCAAUAACUAAAGACUUUUCACCAUAGGUGGUACCAAUUUCUCCUCUGACCCAUGGAAUACAGACCAAUGGGCAUGAGGUUUUAAAGCAUGUCCAGGCAGUGAUAGUAUACAGUACAUUCCCAAAUUAUGAUAUUUUAUAACGAAAUCACUUUACCUUUAUUCCCCCAAUGACAAAUGUGUAUUUCAAGUUUAAAAACUAUGUAUCAGAUAAAAUGACAUUAAAAUUGUUUAUGAAAGAA